UUGAACGAUGUGAAGAUGCUGUGGAGGAAUAUGUUGGUGCGCAAAGGGAGUUUCCAUCCUUCACCUUACUAAACUGGAUAUGUAGCCAGAGCUCCAGGGGUUAUUCCAGCAUAAUGCAUCCUGGAAGUUAUGAUAUUCAAAUGAUUCUCUACGUUAACUCUAAAGCCCCAUAAAUGAUAUUUCAAUGCGCAACUUCAUGGAUUUGGUUCACUGAGGACCAUCUGAAGAACAGACAUGGCAGUGCCAACUAUGGUGUUCUCUGACGUGGAAAGUUUUCUGGACUCGCAUCCCGAUUUAUUCGAGGACUACCUGAACAGAAAGGGGAAUUUUAGCAUGGUGGAGAAAUGGCUCAAGAAUCACCAGGCGAGCAAAAGUCCGGUGGCUGCAGCUCCUGCCGAGCCGGGAGAAGAGAAGAGCAACGCGUGCAAGGACAGCUGGGCAAGCAAAUGUGAUGGUCUACAAAGAAGAGCCUCGCAGAAGGAGCUGCGCAAAACUUUCGCCAGAUCAAAGGUCAUCAAUGUCAACAGAACAUACGACGAACAUGUUAAUUCCAGGGCCCAGGAGCCCCUAACGAGCAUGAGGAGGAGAGCUCUGCUGAGGAAAGCGAGCUCUCUGCCCCCGACCACUGCGCACAUACUGAGCGCACUGCUGGAGUCCAGAGUCAACAUCCCCCAGUACCCGUCCACAGCCGUGGAUUUUAAAUAUUAUCUCAAAGAACACAACGAAAGAGAGUUUUUCCUGGAGCUUGUAAAAGACAUAUCUAACGACUUGGAUCUAACGAGUCUCAGCUACAAAAUCCUUGUGUUUGUUUGUAUUAUGGUCGAUGCAGACCGGUGCUCCUUGUUUUUAGUGGAGGGAACGGGCAACAAGAAGACAUUAGUGUCCAAAUUAUUUGAUGUGCACGCGGGCACCACAGUUUUACCCUCAAUGAAAUCAGAUGAAGUUCAAGUGCCGUGGGGGAAAGGAAUCAUUGGAUAUGUGGCUGAACACGGAGAGACAGUGAACAUUUCUGACGCUUAUCAGGAUCGUCGGUUCAGUGAUGAAAUUGACAAGCUGACAGGGUACAAAACCAAGUCACUCUUGUGCAUGCCCAUUUGCAACAGUGAUGGAGAGAUAAUUGGAGUUGCUCAGGCCAUCAACAAGACUUCAAGUGGAGAACUCUUCACUGAAGAUGAUGAAAAGGUGCUGCAGAUGUACCUGCCCUUCUGUGGUAUUGCGAUCUCCAAUGCCCUACUCUUCGCAGCCUCAAGGAAGGAGUAUGACAGGAGUCGGGCACUCUUGGAGGUUGUCAAUGACCUGUUUGAAGAGCAGACUGACCUAGAGAAGAUUGUCAGGAAGAUCAUGCACCGUGCCCAGACAUUGCUAAAGUGCGAGCGCUGCUCUGUUCAGUUGCUGGAGGACAUUGAGUCACCGGUGGUGAAGUUCACCAAGUCAUUUGAGCUACUGUCCCCUAAGUGUAGUGCAGACACUGAAAACAGUUUCAAAGACAGUAUGGAGAAAUCGUCUUACUCAGACUGGCUCAUCAACAACAGUAUCGCAGAGCUGGUAGCAUCCACAGGACUCCCUGUGAACAUUAGCGAUGCCUAUCAGGAUCCUCGCUUUGAUGCUGAGGCACACCAGUUCUCAGACUUCCACAUCCGCUCUGUGCUUUGUGUUCCCAUAUGGAACAGCAACCACCAAAUCAUUGGUGUUGCCCAAGUGCUGAACAGGCUCGAUGGGCAACCAUUCAACGAUGCAGACCAGCGUCUCUUCGAAGCGUUUGUGAUCUUUUGUGGACUGGGCAUCAACAACACCAUCAUGUAUGACCAGGUGAAGAAAUCCUGGGCCAAGCAGUCUGUGGCUUUGGAUGUUCUGUCUUACCAUGCCACUUGCUCCAAGACUGAAGUUGACAAAUUUAAGGCAGCUAACAUUCCCCUGGUUUGCGAGCUGGGCAUCGAUAAGCUCUACUUUGACGAUUUCUCCCUGGACGUUGACGCCAUGAUAACGGCCGCUCUGAGAAUGUUUAUGGAGUUGGGAAUGGUGCAGAAAUUUAAGAUUGACUAUGAGACACUGUGCAGAUGGCUGCUGACUGUCAGAAAAAACUACAGAAUGGUUCUCUAUCACAACUGGAGACAUGCCUUCAACGUCUGCCAGUGCAUGUUUGCCAUGCUAACGACGGCAGGUUUCCAGGAGACUCUGACAGAGGUGGAGACCUUGGCGCUUAUUGUAGGUUGUGUGUGCCAUGACUUGGACCACAGGGGCACCAACAACGCUUUUCAGGCAAAGACGGGCUCAGCCCUUGCUCUGCUUUAUGGGACCUCUGCUACACUGGAGCACCACCACUUCAACCAUGCUGUUAUGAUCCUGCAGAGUGAGGGUCACAAUAUCUUCUCCAACCUCUCCUCCACAGAGUAUAGCGACCUCAUGCAGCUGUUGAAACAGUCGAUUCUGGCCACUGACCUCACACUUUACUUUGAGAACAGAAACACUUUCUUUGAGCUGGUCAGCAAAGGAGAGUACAACUGGAAUGUGAAGGCUCACAGAGAUAUGUGCAGAUCCAUGAUGAUGACAGCGUGUGAUCUUGGUGCCGUCACUAAACCUUGGGAAAUAUCACGCAAGGUUGCAGAGCUGGUGACCAGCGAGUUCUUCGAGCAGGGCGACAGAGAGAGAUCAGAGCUGAAGCUCACGCCCUCUGCCAUCUUUGAUCGAAACAGGAAGGAUGAGUUGCCAGGGCUCCAGCUGGAGUGGAUUGAUGGAAUUUGUGCGCCGCUGUAUGAGACUCUUGUCAAGUUGAAUCCAAAACUUCAGCCGAUGGUUGACACGAUCAAAGCUAACAGGGCCAACUGGGAGGAACUGAACAAGAAAAGACAAUGUGUCCAGAGUGUUUCUGCACCAUCGAGCCCCUGCAGUGGAGACAGCACAGAAACAAGCGGCUGCACUGUGGCCAAAACAGGCAGCACACCCUGCUGCAGCGGCGAUGCUGACGGCCCACCAUCUAAACCUGUUAGUUAGCUUCUGAUGACAUCUCCGAGCUGAUCUCUUAGGCUUACUUCCUCUUAAAUGCAGCCUGCAACAGAGGCAGUGCAGUGCAUGCAGAGGUUCUUGGGCUCUGCUCCUCUUCGCUUUUGCUGCUAGAGAUGAGCUUUAGACUUGAGCACGGCGCUAUCAUGGAGGUUUUUCGGCUCUCUUCGGCCUUUCUGUGCUGAAGGCUGACAGAGCUGUGUUUGGCGAGCUUAUCGGUGCAGCUACAAAUCAGCUGAUGACACCACGUCAGAAAGGAAGCUCAAACCACUGUGUUAACAUGUCAACCAGUGAGCUAACACUAACUAUUCUGGGCAUUGCACAGAUGAGAGGAAUGGAGAGAGGAAUGUUUGUCUCUGCUGUGGUUCGUUUUGCUCUUGGUACCUCUUUGUUGCUUGCAUUUUGUCCGGGGGAACAGGGAUAUUUUUUGUAAAUCUAUAAAUAGGCUAUUAAGUUAUUUACAAGUGCUGUUUAAGAACCUGUAAGCUCUGGAUUGCAAUGUGGCUAUAGAGUUUCUGAAGGAUAAAGAGGUUCAGGAACAGCAGGACCUGUGACAGCACUUGCAAUGCAAAUUGAGUGCUCCGCUCCCUCCCUUCCUGUGCCUUGUUUUAAGAUCCUAAUGAAAAAUGCAUGGGCUCCUCACCAAGAUUCUUAGGUAGUAUUAAAAUCCAUGUUGAACCAUGACAUAUUUUUUGUCAUAAUUUAUAAAAACCAAUGACUGCAGUUAUGUCUUGAUCCCAUCUUAGCCACAAAGCAUUACUAUUAUUAUAUUCAUAUAGAAAUCUAUUUUGCCCAAUUUUAUAAAUGCAGGGUUUCACUUGUCACAACACAAACACACACAAUGUGCCUUGAUGAAGUUGUUCUAAUAUCACAUUAAUUUCUGCAGAAAUGUCUUCUACUGAGGACAUCUGCAACAUAAAGUAACAUUAAAUUGAAUAUAAACUCACUAAACUACUAGUUUUGACAUUUUAGAAAAUAUAUUGAAUUAAAUGAGGAGCCUACUCUCAUAUCUGUCUCCUAAAUAAAGCUACAGCCAUCCGACAGUUAGCUUAGCACAAAGACUAUAAACAGAGGGAAACAGCAAGCCUGGCUCUGGAACAAAAUCCACCUACCAGCACUUUAAUUAAAAUGUUGUAUUUAGUUUGUUUACAGAAAUCGGACUAUUUCUUGGACAGGAAAUGCAACUUUCUGCAGCCGCCCCUGGUUGCCUGGCAACUUGUCUGAGCCAUUACCCCCUGUAAAACAACAAAUUGUAAUUUUUACUCUUUGGUUUUUGUACAAAGUAAACAAUAGGAUAUAAAAUGUUAAUUUGAGAGCUUUAGAUGUGCUGCUAGGUGGAUUGGUUACCUUUGUACAAAGCCAGGCUAAGCUAAGCUAACCAGUAGCUUUAAGGCCCAGACACACUGACCAGACGGCCGACCCUCAGCAGAAAAGGCAGUUGGACUGAUCAGUCUGCCUGAGUUGGUCAAAAAAGUGCCUCGGAACACAUAUAACAGCAGGCGGCACUAAUCUGUAUUGUCACCCAAAAAUGAAAACCGGCAGCUGAUUGGAUGAACGCGUCAUGUGGGUCUGGCUUCUCCGGAAAUUCAAAGACAAACUGUCAUGGCUGCUUGUUCAGAAUAUGAUCUCAUAUUGUACUAAAAUAGUUCACCGAAACGUGUUUCUGAAAACAUUUUAAUAGGCCAUGCCGCUGCUGAA